AUGGUGUCUGGAAAACAAGGUACAGCUCCUGACUUUUACCUGCAGCAGCUUUGUUUCACUCCUGUACUUUCAGGCUGACGCCCUGUGUCAUUUAUUUUACAGGUUUUCGACCCAGAUUUGGACCCUCAAACAGGUGAACAUUUUAAACCCUCUUUUGCAGCUAUCAGCUUUCUCAACACAAUGUAUGGUGUGGGCUUAUUCGUUGAUUCAAACAAGCUAUUGCAUUUGAGUUUGCAGUUUAGGACGAACAUUAAUUAACGCUGGAAUUGUACAGGCAUAGUCGGCUACACUUCUGAAUGGACGGCUGCCAAAGUACUCCCCUUAUUACAGUAAAAACAGUGGCUGGAAGUAAUUGAUAAAAACAUGUUAAUAUUACUCGUAUUAUUAACUUUAUUAUUUAUUUGAAAGACAUGUAGUGCAAAAGAUUGCAGUACUAUAAAAGGAAAAGUUCAUGUCUUAUGAGUUUCACUAAAGAGGCUUUAGCAUAAGCUCUUAGUCCUAGUCGUUCUUUAUUAGAUAUCCGGGGAACCUCAUGGUGCUGUAUUUGAAUACCUUCAAUAUGAGACAGUAUAUGCUGAAAUAGGUUUUUACAUUAUGGGAAAGCUGUGAAUCCAGUUAAAUUACUCUUAAAAUGUUCAUAUAACUGGAUUGUUUAAAAGACAAGAGGUUUUAAAAGCAAAGAGAAAACUUUAUUUUUAUGUGUCACCAUGUCGGUAUAAAUCCAGAGUGGUCAAAAGAUUCAAACUCCUCUCUCCAGCCAGGCCUGCGAAAAGAAAAACCUCUGUCCCAGUAUUGUAUGACUCACAGAUAAACUUCGACAGUUAUGUCUCAGAGUUUGAUUAGUGGUCACAGCGAGGUUUAGAGUCGGGAGCCAACUGUUUCACUGAAGUAAGACCAGUUUUUGAACGUCUCAGCUCUGCCAGAAGAGAAGAAAACCCUCCAACUAAAAACGGGAAACCCACUGAGUGAUUGCAUGUUCCCCCUGAGGCCCGGAGUCUCUGAGUUACACUCUUAUUUAAUGCUGAUUUGUGUUUUUAUGGCAGAAUCUUGGAGCUGGCUCAGCACAAAACCUCAAAAACGGUUUGGGCAACGACUCCUUGGUGAGUAGCCGAGUCAAACUCAGUUUUUGCUCUCGAUUGAAAUCAAAUUCUUUCAAACAAUCACCAGUCGUCCGGCACCACAAGAAGUAUCGCUGGUCUGCUCCAGCUGUUACGUCAUAUGAAAAUUGCCUGUUUGUUCAUUGAUCUGGUGUGAAAUUGGGUCCAAGAAUUCAGGAGCCUGCGGUCAGUGUUUCCUUCCCUAAAUGCAAUUUUUGUAAACUUCCUAAUCUGAGACAGAUGUCGAGCAUGCUGUGAACGUGUGGACUAAAGGGCGAAAUGAAGGGAAAAUAAACAAUAGUCACAUCUGAUUGAGAGUAUCAUUGUUGCUUUUGGAAAUAUCCCUCAUGGAAAUUAUUUGUUUUGCUUCUAAAUUGACAUUUUAAUCAUAGCUGGAAAUUUUUCCUCUCUGCAUCGAUCAGUGAGAAGCUGAGCUGGGGCACCCAGGAGCCAAUAUGGCCCGUCUCCUCUGCAGCACUCGGAGCCACUCCAAGUGCAAGAAUCCAAUACCUAGCCAGGCACAAAAGAGACUUCUCAGCAAGGGAGGACCACCAGAGGUAACAGCAGCCUGAACAUUAUUGAUGACCCCAUCAAAAAAGCAUGAGAGGGAGGGCUGUUUGUGCUCGUUCUACACAAGCUUUUUAUGUUUUGCUGCGUCCACAUAUUUGAGAAAAUGUUUGCAAAGCUGGAGGGGUAAUGACUUUAUGCUUUCAGGAAGUGCAGACUGUAAAGUGAUGUACAGGAUGGGUGCCAACUGCAUCAGAUCAGACGUGACCACCUCUGAGAGCUGCCAGGCUCGAUUAGGGAAGGAGAAGCUGCGAUAGGAGUUUCAGCUCAGAGGCUUUUACAUGUACAUUGUUGUCUCUCGGCCUCGGCUGUCAGAUUUAAAUCGUCCUAAUAUGCCGUGUAAUUCAAUCAGAAGCCCACACAAGGAAGAGCGGCUCCCAGAACAAAUAACGUUAAUUUACUGUAACUGAAGAUGACAGCAAUCACCUGCUGGUUUGCUUCAAAAGCGUCCGACGGAUGGUGUAGAGGAGCAGCUGAUUUAAGCUGCUGGAUACAUACAAGUUUGGUGUGUUUUCUAGUUUUUCUAAAUGCAGAUUGUAGAUUCUGUAUCUGAGACCUGGUAAUUACACGUCUGCUCCUCAUUGAAUUAUUUCCCUGUGCAGUCAAGAGGUCUGGGCUACUCUCUUAAUUUGUAAUCUGAUUACCUGAUUGACAGUCUGCUCCUCAUCUAAUCAUUUCUAACACAAAAUCAAGAAUCAGGGAAUCGAGGCCACUUCCACUUCCACUUCCUCGUUCUUUAUUUUGCACAUAUGAUGAACACUUAAUCAUCUUUGUGAAAUGUAGACAAGUCCACUUCUCAAAAACAAGCCUGGUAAUCUCACUGCUGAAGAAUUCAAAUGUUUUUGUGGCUGCUCACGAUAUUCCACUCGUAACUUUGCCCUCAUCCACGCUCUGACACUUCAUCUAUUGUUCUGCGCUCCCCCCCUCUUCCUCCUGCUCCGUCCCUCUGGCUCAAGACAUUCUUUUGUCCAGGACCCACAACACAACAUAUAAUGGAUGUUAAUGGCUUUCAUUUUCCUUCAGGAAAGAGGAGGAGGAGGAGGAGAGCUUCUUCAGGAAGACCCAGCGUCCUUCCUCCAGGGCGUCCCAGUACGAGCACAUUGUCCGCUUGUCAACACCCAAAGCCAGGAGCUGCAGGACCCAGGAAGCAGGGUAAAAGUCUCAUUAGACUUCAAACACAGUCAGGGAAGUGAGGAGAAGUGCUGCUGAACCAGAUAUUUACAGGUCAAAUGACUGUUGAGGUGUUUAUGGUGACUUGGCUCAGUGGGCAGCUUUAGGGAUCAGUUAGCAGGGAAACACAACCACCAUCAGUACAUGAAUGAGACACCUGUACCAAAUAAAUCAACAUGGUAACUCUGUUUCAGCUGUGGCCUUAUUGUAGGAGCUGAUAUCUCACCUAAGAGUCAAACUGAUGAGGCUGAUAUCAUCGAUUCUCAAAGCAAAACCUGACAUGUUUGAUUAUGUGAUGGUCCAAGGACAUCUAGCUGCGUAGAUAAAAACCGGGUCUGACUAAAGUUACAAGAUAUAACAGGAUUAGGACUGUUAACAGGGGCCCUGUGACUCAAAAGUAUCUUGUCAGACUGGAAGGAGUCUGAAAAUGGGUUAUUCUCAAGAACAGAUGGAUUACGGAUGAAAUAAUAUGAGGCACCAAAACUUCGAUAAUAGUCUUUCAGGAUUUUGCCUUUGCAGAAUUUUCCAACAUAUAGUAAAUAGGAGUUAAAGGUGCAGUGUGAAGAAAUGGAAAUAUUCAGCAAUAUCUAGCUGUCAGAUUUAAGGCUGAAACUUUCCCCUUGCUCACCUCUCCCACCAGCAGGGUAACUGUAGCCUUCGAGGACAAGUGGCUCCUGUGAUCCCCCACUUUUCAAGUUCACACCAUCAAAAAAACCAAAACUUUUAAGCACAGCUACAACCACUUCUUCUACGUCCUCACUGCCACCAGCUAAAUAUAAAAUCUCAAAUGUUAAAAGUUUGUACAUCCUGUGCUUUUGUAGAAACCUGUCAGUGCUGGAGGAUGAGGACCUGCUCCUACAUGAAUCUAACAGUCUCAUCCUAAAUGAACAAUAACAAAAAGAUUUUAAUUUAAACAUACUUAUUUUUAUUUUAUUCCUUUUUUUCCAAGUCCAGGCUGCUAAUAGUGGCCAAAUAUUACACAUCGCACCUCGAAUAUCAAACAUAAUGAGUUUCAGUCAAGAUUUUCCAUUUUGUGUGGAUUUGGCGCCCCCUGUGGAUGAAGUAUGUUGUUCUAUUUAGAGUUCUUACACUAAGAGAUUUGGUUAUCUUAUCUGGCUGAUACAAUUCAGGUUAUGUAAGAAAAAUCAAGACAAAAAUAAUUAUUCUGAUAGAAAUCGUGGAUUCCUAAAAUCUGACUUAUUCUAAUCCAGAUUUAAGCUUUUGAAAAAUACAGGCUGAGCUGAUUAAGAACUCAAUUUUUUGGGUCACAUAACUCAAUUUAUUUAAUAUCUUUUAUCUCAUUUUUGCUGUUCAGUGUUACUUUUUAACUUUUCUGCACUGACAGCAAAAAUCUGGAGAGAACUAAUAUACGAUAAACUUCUCCUCCUUUCAUAUAUAAAUUACAGCUUCUAUGUGUACCAUAUGGACACUUCUGAACAGACCUGUUUUAAAGAUCAGUUCCUUAUCUAGCCCUCCAGCGGCUCACAUGUCACUGCAUUUUGGCAGAUUUGUGACUCUGAACUCUUAUUCUCCCACAGGGGAUCCACAUAUAUGAACCAAAGUCUGGAGUUUAAUCCAACAUAUGAUAGAGUUAAAUCUGAGAGGGCCGAGCAGAGGCUGCGGUCCAACGCUAACGUCUCCACGCUGCGUGAGGAAGCCUGCAUUUGGACAUCUGUUAUUUCAGAGUCAGACUGUGCGAGAGCCAGCAGCAGCAGAGACAAUAGAGCUUAUUGUCCACAGUUCAGGACCCCUGGGACGCCCACAGACAGCCACGGAAGUCUUUUUAUAAAUCCUAAACACGGCAGCGGGACAUAUUACUGGGCAUGAAGACAGAUUCAUACAAGGCUUACUCAUGUCGAUGAAUAUUUGCCUCUGUGAUUAAAUUGUAGACAUUACACUGAUUGCUGUUUUAAUGCCCUGAAUAGACAAUAAUAAUCAGCAGCAGUCAAAAGUUAAUCCUCUCAUCUUGAGAAAACAGAGCACCAAAAAAACCAACAAUAUAUUAAUAAAUGAAGCAGACAGAGCACGAGGUAUCACAAGCUGCAUGGCAGAUUAAAAACAAACAUUGUUCCUUCUAAAAUUAGAAAUCUGUGCCUUCAGGGAAAAGAGAGUCCACUGUGAUGAAAUGAGAGCUGGAGAGAGAGAGAAAGAGCUGCUUAUCUUUCCAGAGAUGGUUCAGUAAUGUCCUCCAUCUGUAGGUAAUAGUCUAACUAAGUAUCUGCUAAUACAAGUGAGGAAAUCUCCUACUGUGUUUAUGCUUUAUGAUAUAUUCUGAGACGUAAAUAUUCCUCCUUUUCCGUCAUCAUUCCCAGCUCGAUCUGAAUCCUUUGACUCUUUGGGUGUUUACCUCUGACGGUGUUUCUGCUGCUCCUUCAGGCCUCCUCACACUCCUCACUGUGAGACUAACUGUCCUAUUUGGCACGUUGAGCCCAGAGUGAAGACCGCUGUGAUCUCACUGCGACUCCUGCAGCUCUCCAACCCCAAACUGAUCCACCCAGACUUCCAUAGCAACAGAGAGGUGAUAGUUUACCGCUCUUCUUCGUCUUCAUUAUUACAUCUGUGUGAAAAUAAAGAACAAUUUAACAGAUUAAGGGGUAGCAGGAGAAAUGGCAUACUGUGCAUUUAAUUCAAAAAGGAAAUAUUAUUCUCACUGGGAUUAUUUCCGGCUACAAUCAAACUAUCGUUGUUUUAUGUUUUUCAGAGUGCUGAAUCCACUGUGACAUUUGCCUCUAAGACGGCUCAGAUCUCUCAGAGACUCACACGGCUUUCACUGCCACGACUUAAGGAGAGCAACACCUGCUGCAAGCUCGGACGUCCAGAGGAAUCAAUCUGGACUGUGAGGGAACCGACUGAUACAAAAAAUCAUUAUUAUUUAAUUUAGGAGGAAAAACAGGCCUAAAUAAAAAAGCCGUGACUAUUUGAAGCACAUUUAAAAACACCCGGUCUGAUUCAACAAUGAACUGUUAACUGCUUAAUAUUAUCCAGUGUUUUAGGGAUACUUAUUUAUCAUUCUGUUAGAGGAAAUUUACAGAUUUCAUAGUUCAAAGUCUCCCUGGAUGAUGGUGUUUUUCAGGUUUCAAACGCAGCGAAGAAAGCCAUGGUGAGCUCUCGUGUUGAGAUGCUGGCGGCACCAAAACAGCUUUCUAAGGACUACAUCCCUCCACGAGAACCAGUGUGGAGCCCUAAAAACAUCCAAAGCAUCAUGUAA